ACCCCGGCUGGGGCUGUCCGGAGCGGUGCCCGACUCAGCCGGACCGGCGCCGGGCAGCCCGGCUCUCCCACUGGGCAGGCGCGGGGCGGAGGCGGAGCGGGUGCGGCACCGGCAUCAAGCACCGGCCCCAGGAUGAGUGUGGAAGUGAGUGGCAAGCCCCUGAAAGUGGGCUCCAGAGUGGAAGUCAUCGGGAAGGGGUACUGUGGUACAGUGGCCUACGUUGGUACCACGUUGUUUGCCACUGGGAAGUGGGUCGGUGUCAUUCUGGAUGAAGCCAAAGGCAAGAAUGAUGGCACGGUACAGGGCCGGAAGUACUUUACCUGUGAGGAGAACCACGGCAUCUUUGUGAGACAGUCACAGAUCCAGGUUUUCGAUGAUGGUGCAGACACGACAUCUCCGGAAACACCAGACUCUUCAGCCUCGAGGGUCCCCAAGAGAGAUUCUUCAGAAGGUCCCAAAGCCAGCAAACUGGCCACAACCACACGGAAGACCGCUACUAGGCGGCCCAAGCCCACCCGAACGGCCAGUUCUGCUGCGUCCAGCGGCACGGCAGGGCUCUCUGGAUCAGCCUCCGCAUCAGCUGGCGAGAUGAGCAGCAGUGAGCCAAGCACACCUGCGCAGACACCGCUGGCAGCACCUAUCGUUCCUACGCCGCCCCUCACCUCGCCGGUGGCACCUCCAGCAGUCCUGUCACCUACCAAGGAGGAGGAGAACCUGCGAGCUCAAGUGCGGGACCUGGAGGAGAAACUGGAGACCCUCAAGAUGAAGCGGAACGAAGACAAGGCCAAGCUGAAGGAGCUGGAGAAGCACAAGAUCCAGCUGGAGCAGGUCCAGGAGUGGAAGAGCAAGAUGCAGGAGCAGCAGGCCGAGCUCCAGAGGCGCCUGAAGGAGGCCAGGAGGGAAGCCAAAGAGGCCCUGGAGGCCAAAGACCGCUACAUGGAGGAGAUGGCCGACACAGCCGACGCCGUCGAGAUGGCCACCCUGGACAAGGAGAUGGCCGAGGAGCGCGCCGAGUCCCUGCAGCAGGAGGUGGAGUCGCUGAAGGAGAAGGUGGAGUACCUCAGCAUGGACCUGGAGAUCCUCAAGCACGAGAUCGAGGAGAAGGGCUCAGAUGGUGCUGCUUCCAGUUACCACGUCAAGCAGCUAGAAGAGCAGAAUGCCCGGCUGAAGGAGGCCCUUGUGAGGAUGCGGGAUUUGUCUGCCUCGGAGAAGCAGGAGCACGUGAAGCUUCAGAAGCACGUGGAGAAGAAGAACGUGGAGCUGGAGUCCCUCCGGCAGCAGAAGGAGAAGCUGCAGGAAGAGCUGAAGCAGGGCGAAAGGACCAUCGAUGAGCUCAAGGAGCAGGUGGAUGCUGCUCUGGGGGCUGAAGAGAUGGUGGAGACGCUGACGGAGAGGAACCUGGAUUUGGAGGAGAAAGUCCGUGAGCUCCGUGAGACAGUCGGAGACCUGGAAGCCAUGAAUGAGAUGAAUGACGAGUUGCAGGAGAAUGCCAGAGAGACAGAGCUGGAAUUGCGGGAGCAGCUGGACUUGGCGACUGCUCGAGUGCGCGAGGCAGAGAAGCGUGUCGAGGCAGCGCAAGAGACAGUGGCUGACUACCAGCAGACCAUCAAGAAGUACCGAGAACUGACGGCCCAUUUACAGGAAGUUAACCGAGAGCUCAUGAGCCAGCAAGAGGCUUCUGUAGAGAAGCAGCAGCAGCCUCCGCCCGAGAUGUUCGACUUCAAGAUCAAGUUUGCCGAGACGAAGGCCCAUGCCAAGGCCAUCGAGAUGGAGCUGCGGCAGAUGGAGGUGCAGCAGGCCAACCGGCACGUCUCCCUCCUGACCUCGUUCAUGCCGGACAGCUUCCUGCGGCACGGGGGGGACCACGACUGCGUGCUGGUGCUGCUGCUCAUCCCACGGCUCAUCUGCAAGGCCGAGCUGAUCAGCAAGCAGGCCCAGGAGAAGUUUGAACUGAGCGAGAACUGCGCUGAGCGUGCCGGCCUCCGGGGGGCGCCAGGGGAGCAGCUGAGUUUUGCGGCCGGCCUGGUGUACUCCCUCCUUCUGCUGCAAGCCACGCUGCGCAAAUACGAGCAGGCCCUGAACAAGUGCAGCGUGGAGGUCUACAAGAAGGUGGGGCUGCUGUGCCCGGAGAUGACCGUGCACGAGCGCUCGCUGGACUCCCUGAUCGAGCUGCUGCACAAGGACCAGCUGGACGAGACCGUCAACGUGGAGCCCCUGACCAAAGCCAUCAAGUACUACCAGCAUCUGUACAGCAUCCAUCUGGCUGACCAAGCUGAGGACUGCACGAUGCAGCUGGCGGACCACAUCAAGUUCACCCAGAGCGCCUUGGACUGCGUGAGCGUGGAAGUGGGCCGGCUGCGGUCCUUCCUGCAGGCUGGGCAGGAAGCCUCGGACUUUGCCAUUCUCCUGAAGGACCUGGACACCUCCUGCAGUGACAUCCGGCAGUUCUGCAAAAAGAUCAGGCGCCGCAUGCCUGGCACCGAUGCCCCUGGCAUCCCUGCAGCUCUUGGCUUUGGGCAGCAGGUCUCGGACACGUUGCUGGACUGCCGCAAACACCUGACUUGGGUCGUGGCUGUGGUGCAAGAAGUGGCAGCUGCCGGAGCUCAGCUGAUUGCACCCCUGACGGAGAACGAGGGCCUCCCGGCCGUGAAGCUGGAAGACUUGGCCUUCCAGGCCAGUGAGCAGAUCUAUGGAGUGCAAAGCAUUAAUCCCAACGAGUGUCUGCGCCAGUCAUGCAGCAUCCUCAUCGCCACCAUGAAUAAGAUGGCCACCGCCAUGCAAGAGGGCGAAUACGACGCGGACCGACCUCAGAGCAAGCUGGCUCCCCCAGUGGAACUCCGAGCAGCUGCCUUGCGGGCAGAGAUCACGGACGCAGAGGGGCUGGGGCUCAAGCUGGAAGACCGAGAGACCGUCAUCAAGGAGCUGAAGAAGUCCCUCAAAAUCAAGGGCGAGGAGCUGAGUGAAGCGAAUGUGCGGCUCAGCCUCCUGGAGAAGAAGCUGGACAGUGCCUCAAAGGAUGCUGAUGACCGGGUGGAGAAGAUCCAGGCCAGGCUGAAUGAGACCCAGGCUCUGCUGAAGAAGAAAGAAAAGGAGUUUGAGGAAACGAUGGAUGCCCUCCAGGCUGACAUCGACCAGCUGGAGUCGGAGAAAAUGGAGCUGAAGCAGCGGCUCAGCACCCAGUCCAAGCGCACCAUUGAAGGCCUGCGUGGAGCCCCUGCUUCAGGAAUCGCCUCCGUCCUCUCUGGCAUCACAGGAGGUGUAGGUGCUGGCCAGGUGUCGAUAGGCGGGUCAGGCCCUGUCCAGGUGAAGGACUCUCCUCUCCUCCUCCAGCAAAUCGAUGCUAUGCAGCUGUCCAUCAAGCAUCUCAAAAACGAGAACAACCAGCUCAAGGGAGCUCAGAUGCGGAAGGAGUUGGCAUCGCUGCCCCCGCUGCGUGUUCCCAAGCUCUCUCUCCCCAAGGAUAGGCAGGGGGAGGAGGUGGUCUCUGGCGCUCUGUACCGCAAGACUAGCCACCUGCUGGAGACCCUGUACCAGAUGAGCGCCACUGCAAAGGUGGUGGACAUCACACGGCAGAAGACAGGGGUCAGCCCAGCGGCCCAGCUCCUAGAGCAGACAGCGCGCCUGAAAGCCCUGAGUGAAACCAUCGAGAAGCUGAAGGAUGAAGUGAUGCAGGAGACGGUCCUGCAGCAUCCUGGUGCCAGCGUCCCCUCGGACUUUGGUACCUUCCCAUCCACCCCGUUCCUGAAGGCCAAAGAAGAGCAGAAGAAGGACACUGUCUGCAUUGGCAAAGUGACCUUCCCCUGCCAGCCGGGCCAUGGCCAGGUGCACAAGUUGGUCCUCACACCGGAACAGCUGCACAAGCUCCACGCCCGCCUCAUUUGCUAAGAGAGCUUCUCCCCUGGCGAACUCCACCCCUGCCGCCUGUGAUGCGAUAAGACUGCAAUGCUAUCAGUUCCCCUCUGCCCCUGACUGUGCCCAGGCCAGGCUCUCCAGCUGCCACUGCCCACUCUUCUGCUGUCCCUUGUGCUCUGGCUGCUGCCGGGCACUGGCCAGGUGCCCCUGGGUCCCAGCUAGGCCUCCCUCCUUAUCCAGAAGGUUCUGCUUGCAGGGGAGAAGGGCAGGUAAGGUGCCUUCCCUGGGAUCUUUUCGCUAGCUCCACAGACUUGUGACCUUUCUCUAGGAACGGCUGCCGGCCUCUAGGGCCCAGGAGCAGGCGCAGAGGACCCUUCUGAGUUCCCUGGGAGAUGGAUGGCUGGGGGCGGGGGGAAUGAAAUGGUGCACAGAGCGGCACCCGGAGGACCCUUCUCAGCAUCCUUGCUGCUGCCAGCAGGAGACGCCCUGGGGGCUGGCCCAGGUGACCUUAUGCUGCCACUGGGAAGGAAGGGGUCUCCCCACUGUGAGCAGUUGGGGUGCUUGGCCCGGGGUCUCCCUGCUUCUCCCUAAGCGCCUCCCUUUCCUACAGCUGCCAGCCUGUCCUUGGGGUCCCUCCGUCUUAAGCACUUACGAUAGAGACUGGGAAGGAGAGGGUGGGAGGGAAGAUCCCCGGCUUGCUGAAAUGGGAGCGGAUUGGGGCCAUGCGCCGUUCAGAUAAAUAAACUCUUUUCACUCAA